AUGUAUGUGGCAGACUUGUUCUCUGUUGAUUUGGAGCAGCAGGGGGUUGUUUGGAGGUGGAGGCGUAGAUUGUGGCAGUGGAAGGAGGAGAUGUUAGAGGAGUGUAGGGCUUUACUUCUUGAUAUUCUAUUGUUUCCGAAUGUUUCAGAUAUAUGGGUUUGUCUUCCUGCUCCUUCAGAUGGAUACACUAUUCGUGGUGCUUAUCAUGUGCUAACCUCUCAGGACCAUUCUGAUGCAGCUACUGAUGCGGAGUUGGUUUGGCACAAACAGGUUCCCUUGAAGGUUUCAGUUUUUGCGUGGAGACUCCUCAGGGAUCGGUUACCAAUGAAGACUAAUUUGAUUGCUCGACAGGUGUUGUCGCCUGAUAUGUCCUUAUGUGUCGCUGGUUGCGAUCAUCCUGAAACGGCUCAACAUCUCUUUUUGUUGUGUAACACUUUUGGUUUGCUUUGGCAUAUGCUGCGUGAUUGGAUUGGUUGCACGGGGGUGGAUGCCGAUAAUAUUUCAGAUCAUUUUCUUCAAUUUACUUAUUUGACAGGUGGUGCUGUUUCUAGACGUUCUUUUAUGCAACUUAUAUGGCUACUUUGUGUCUGGGUUGUGUGGAAUGAACGAAAUAAUCGUCUGUUUAAUAAUGUAAUAACUCCCAUUCUCCGUUUGUUAGACAAGGUAAAGAUGUUGUCCUUAGGUUGGUUGAAAGCUAAAAAAGCUAUCUUUGUUUUCAGUACCCAACAGUGGUGGUCAUGCCCUCUUGUUUGUUUGGCUAUUGGCUAA